GGAGCACUUCUAAUGUAGGGGCGGCUAAUGUUACAAAGGAAGUUCAAGGAGUAGCCUGCUGUCUGCAGUCAGACUCGUCCAGGUUACAGCUAGCUAGCAUGGUCUGCCUUCGCUGCACUCAUGCUGCCAAAUAAACAACUUCACAAGAAAUAAUCAUGGCCACGGAUAAAUUAACCCUUGAUGCCCAGAAACAAGUGGUUUGCAGUGCAGGAGGGGAUGGAGACUCAGCUGUUCAAAUCAAGAUGCUACAGGUCCAUGCCAAGUGUGGACCCAACACUGCCAUACACCACCAGCGUGCCCCUGCCAAAGUCUUACCCAUUGGUCAGGGCCACCAACACAUCUCCUCUACAGGGCUUCAGACUUCCUCUCCUUCUGUUGUGGUGAUCGCAAAGGUGGCCACCACCAGAGCAGCAAGUGUUAGUAGCCAACCGCAGGUCACAAAACCAGCUAUGAUCCAGGCAGGCUCAGUUAACCAGGCCACAACCCCAGGAAGGACGGUGGUGAUAGCUGUACCAAGGUCAACAACUCCACAGCCAAUUUCUGUGACCCCUCAGCUGCCACAAACAAGUUCCCCACAACUCCCAGCAAAUUUCCAGAUACCACCAGGUAUGAUGUUGAUCCGCAGUGACAGUGGUCAGCUGAUGCUGGUAUCCCAGCAGGCUUUGGCUGAGGCUCAGCAGGGACCAAGAAGUAUCAGUGGCCAAAUGUCCAGGCUGGUGGCCCCACAGGUACCUGCAUCAGCUGGGAACAAAAGUAAUGAGAAAGUUACGCUGAUCAGGAUGGCAGCCCCUCCAACUUUUCAACAAGCAUCAGUCUGUAAGACAGCUGUGGUAAAGGUGAUCGGUGUAGCUCCCAAACCAGCUGCAGUCCAGUCAACCAGUGCUGUGUCAAAGCAAAGCAGCCGGCCUCACUUACAGGAAGUUGCUGCAGAAACCAGAAAAGAGCCAUCAGCCGUCUAUACUCAGGAGACCUUGGAAAGUGUAAAGAAGUGCAAGAACUUCUUGACAACAUUGAUCAAGCUGGCCUCCAGUGACUCCAGAUCUGCCAACAUGGCUAACAAUGUCAGAGGACUGGUCCAGAGUCUGUUGGAGGGGAAGCUAGAAGCAGAGGAGUUUACAGAACAGCUCUAUCAAGAGUUAAAGACUACUCCUCAACCCUGCCUGGUGCCUUUCCUUAAGAAAAGUCUUCCUGCAGUGCGUCGCCUCACUGCUGACCCCCAGUUAUUUAUACAACAGGCUUCUACUUCCACACGCAACUCCAAUAGCCCUUCUUCCAGACUACAGCAGUCAAGUUCUGACACUGAAAAGAAAGUUAACAACAGCCAGCAGCAACUUCAAGGAGUGUCAGCAAGACCGGGGUUAAACACACUGGUCCAGUCCAGAAAUCACUUAUCCAAAAACAGCAGGCCAGCCUCCAGAUACAUGAUGGUCCACAUGGAAAGGCACAAUAAAGAAACCUUUUCGAUGAAGCAGCCACCUCAUCAUACCAAAUUUACAUCCAGUGCAGGAUCUUACAAAGAAGAUGACGACAUCAAUGAUGUAGCAUCCAUGGCUGGAGUAAACCUGACCGAGGAGAAUGCAAAGAUCUUGACCACUGUCGUUGGCUCUGUUGUGAAGUCAUGCCAAGAUCAGCCCUUCCUCUCAUCUCACCCUGUUCUCUGUCGAAUCCUUCAUACAGGACAGGCACUGGGAAUAACUGAUGUCGAACCAGACGUGGUAGCUUUGGUUUCUCAUGCUACACAGGAAUAUCUCCGUGCGCUGCUUGAGAAACUCACUCUGAUGGCAGAACACCGCAAGCCAGCCCUGAAGGAAGAUUCAUGGCAUGCCAAAGUGAGUGAUGUACGCUCCCAGAUUCGCUUCUUGGAGGAAGUGGAGAGUUUGAAGAAGAAGAGGAAAGAUGAAGAGGAGAGGGAGAGACUGCUGCGUUUGGCCAAAAAUCGCUCUCACUCGGAGGAUCCACUGCAGCAGCAACUAAAGCAAAGAGCCAAAGAGUUACAAAGAAUAGAAGAAGCUCAGCUGCAACAAAGAGAGGCAAAUCUCACAGCUUUAGCAGCUAUUGGGCCACGCAAGAAGAGACCUCUGGAGCAAACUGAAAGCCAGAUGACUCUGCUGCCCAGACAGAAUAUUCACAGAGUGACACGUGUCAUGCUGAGGGAUCUGUUGGUUUGUAUGGAGCAGGACCAGUUCCUACGCCACUCUCUCACGCUGUAUAAAGCCAUGCUGUGACUACUGUAGCCUCCUCGUCUCACUGUUUAAGACUGGAUGGAUCUAGUCAAUUCCACCAAUAAUCUUUUGUUUAUUAUGAUAUUUAUUUUGUGUUGUUUUAAGAUGGUGCUGUGCCAGUGUUGUGUGUUCAGCUGAUCUUCAAAAGCACUUUUUGUUUUGAUUAUAAGUAUAGUACAGCUGUUAUCUAGAUUUGAUGUUGAUACAACACGGGUUGUAAAAAUAAGAUAGUUGAGUUUCUUUAGAUUUAUAUUGUUUCCUUCCUUGAUGUUUAAUAAUUAAAAAAGGAAAUUAUAUCAGA